CAGACGAUGAAGAGAGAGGGCUUGUCGGGGCAGGCUCCGCCCCCGCCCCCGCCCGCGGCGCGGGGCAGGCGGAGCGGCUACCUGAAUGGGGAGGGGGCAGACGGCGCGGAGCGCGGCGGUGGCUAGAGCGGCGUCGAGUGUCUCCGGGCGCCCGUCUGUGACCAGGCAGCCAAGAAGCCCAGCAGCCAGUCAGCUCGCCGCCGGCGACCAGGCAGCCAACCAUGCUCAACUUCGGUGCAGCUCUCCAGCCGACUGCGGAGGAAAGAAUGGAAAUGAUUUCCGAAAGAUCAAAAGAGUGUGUGUACUCCUGGAACAAAACUGCAGAGAAAAGUGAUUUUGAAGCUGUGGAAGCACUUAUGUCCAUGAGCUGCAGUUGGAAGUCAGAUUUUAAGAAAUACAUUGAAAACAGACCUGUUACUCCGGUGUCGGAUAUGUCGGAGGAAGAGAAUCUGCUUCCUGGUACCCCUGAUUUUCAUUCGAUCCCAGCAUUUUGUCUGACUCCACCAUACAGUCCUUCUGAUUUUGAACCCUCCCAAAUGUCAAAUCUGAUGGCACCAGCGCCAUCUACUGGACACUUCAAAUCUUUCUCCGAUUCUGCCAAACCUCACAUUGCUGCACCUUUAAAAGAGGAAGAUAAGAACUCAGUACCUGCCCCCAAGCUCCCCAAGGCUCAGGCAACAAGUGUGAUUCGUCAUACUGCUGAUGCUCAGCUGUGUAACCACCGAUCCUGUCCGGUGAAAGCAGCCAGCAUCCUCAACUAUCAGGACAAUUCUUUUAGAAGAAGAACCCACCUAAAUGUUGAGGCUCCAAGGAAAAACGUACCUUGUGCAGCUGUGUCACCAAACAGAUCCAAAUGUGAGAGAAGCACAGUAGCAGAUGUUGAUGAGAAAGCAAGUGCUGCCCUUUAUGAUUUUUCUGGAACUUCUUCAGAGACAGUCAUCUGUAGAUCUCAGCCAGCCCCUCUGUCCCCACAACAAAAAUCUGUGUUGGUCUCUCCACCUGCAGUAUCAACAGGGGGAGUGCCACCUAUGCCAGUCAUCUGCCAGAUGGUUCCCCUCCCUGCAAACAACCCUGUUGUGACAACAGUUGUUCCCAGCACUCCACCCAGUCAACCUCCAGCUGUCUGCCCGCCUGUUGUGUUCAUGGGCACUCAGGUGCCCAAAGGUGCUGUCAUGUUUGUUGUACCCCAGCCUGUUGUUCAGAACCCAAAACCCCCAGUAGUGAGCCCAAAUGGCACCAGACUCUCUCCCAUUGCCCCUGCCCCUGGGUUUUCCCCUUCAGCAGCAAAAGUCACUCCUCAGAUUGACUCUUCAAGGAUAAGAAGUCACAUCUGUAGCCACCCAGGAUGUGGCAAGACAUACUUUAAAAGUUCUCAUCUGAAGGCCCACAUGAGAACACAUACAGGUGAAAAGCCUUUUAGCUGUAGCUGGAAAGGCUGUGAAAGGAGGUUUGCCCGCUCCGAUGAACUCUCCAGACAUCGAAGAACCCACACGGGUGAGAAGAAGUUUGCCUGCCCCAUGUGUGACCGGCGCUUCAUGAGGAGUGACCAUUUGACCAAGCAUGCCCGGCGCCAUCUGUCAGCCAAGAAACUGCCAAACUGGCAAAUGGAAGUGAGCAAGCUAAACGACAUUGCCCUACCUCCAACCCCGGCUCCCGCACAGUGACAGAUAAGAAGGUGAAGAAUCGGAACUAACUUUGGUCGCAGCCAAGAGCCAGUGGUUGAUAUAAAAAUUGUUGCCACUGCAGGUCUGUGGCUCUCCAGUGCGGGCUGAAGCAGAAGCCCCCCAGCCUGGGGAGCAGGCCCGGCCUGGGUUAUAGGGCAACAAGUGCUGCAGUCACAGGCAGGUCACAGAGUGGCAGGAUUCGUUUCUUAGCACAUAAGAGAGAUGAGAGCUUUUCUUCCUUUAAAUAUGUUUUGAAGGUUUCAGAUUAGGUCAACACAGGUAGCACAGAUCUUGAAUUUUUGUGCACAAUUUGUUACUUUCACCUUUAUGCUUGAGACCAGCGUUCCGCGUGACUCUUCUAAAGCGUUGGUUUCAGGAGUAUGGAGACUGGAAAGAAGCAUUACGGUACAGAGAUGGAGGUGUAAAAUCGGUUUGCAUCACGAUUAUUGUCAUCUUUUGCUAGAGUUAUCUUGUUUACUAUUCCUAGUCUUUCCAGUCAGCUUCAUGGAUAUAGAUGUUAAAGUAUAGUUAGAACUAGCAUUUUUACACUAUUUCUGACGUUUGGAAUUGAGCAGCUGUAUAUUGCUAAAGAGGAUUCAAAAGAAUUGGAUUCCUCAUAACUUAAUUGCUUUGAAAUUGUAGCUACAUUUUUUUUUGCAUUUUUGUUCUGAAAGUUUAACAUGAUCUUAAGUAGGCAUUUUAUCAUGCUUUGAACCUUAGUUUGCCUGCAGUUUUCUUCUGUAGAUUUAAAUUUUGUAUACAAAUGUGUUUUCUAUAGACUCUAAGAUACACUGCACUUUGUUUAGGAAAAAAUUCAAAGAUGAAAAUAUAUAUUGUAAAGAAGGGAUAUCAAGAAUUUAGGUAACUUCCUUGAAAAAGAUGGCUACGUCAUCAAUAAAGUACCCUUACAUUAUGAGAAUAUAAUGUGUGCUUUAUUGAACUAGGAAGUUAGUGACCAUUAUUCACAAAUGGACAAAUACCCUGUUAAUUUAAAGGAGUUUUGUGGAAUUAGGUGGGUAGAAAAUAAUUAGAACAUUCACUUUUGUUAACAGUAUUUGUUAAUGCUCUGUUGUAUAGUGAAUGAUUAUACACACAGUAGUAAAACAAAAACAAAUUGUUUGAAAUAUAUAGUGAAAAAUGUCACUAUCUUUUCAUUUAAUAUUUCUCUCUGUAUUGGAUGUAGAUUUCUGACAUCGAAACUUGGACCCUGGGAAAACAAAAAAGAAUUUGCUUUUAAUUAAAAAAAAUCCUUGUGAUUUACAAUUUGCACAAUAUUUCUUUUGUUGUACUUUAUAUCUUGUUUACAAUAAAGAAUUUCUUUUGAUACAU